GUGAAAGUAUAGUGCAUAAAAUGUUCUAGGUGAUAGUCAGAGACAGAGUCAAUGUCGUACCAAUGCAGCUAAAGAAAGGUGGCAGACCGGAGGACAACCGGUUUCCGUACUAAGACAUGCAUUGAGAUACAAACGCGUCCAGUUACUUUCCACCUUCCGUCCAGUCCCCCUCAUGCGCUAAGCCUCCAUCAGUGAUGAUUGCAAAGUACUUUUCUUCAUGCAUCACAUACCUACCUAGGUCUUGCACCUCCCAACCACCAUCACGUUGCCAACGAGCAAGGUUAGCUUAGCCAUGGCCUCGUCGCUCAAAUACACACUCCACCAGUACGGCGCGCACGAGCUACAGCGGGUCGGAGUAUGGGACCUCGAUAUCGCCGACAAGGCCAAAUACUGGAUUAUCUUCAUCCACGGCGGCGCAUGGCGCGACCCGCGCGUGACGCACGAGGCUUUCGCACCCUCUAUAUCGCGCAUCCUCGACGCCUCCACUUCCAGCAUCGCCGCUUUCGCAUCGAUAGAUUACCGCCUCAGCCCACACCCGGACUUCCCCCAGGACCCGGCGGAAACCCCGGAGACACAGCUCCGCGUCGCUAGACACCCCGACCAUCUCGACGACGUCAGAGCCGCGCUCGUGUUCCUGCAGCGUGAGUUUGCGCUCGGAGCGAGGUAUGUUUUGCUAGGCCACUCGGCCGGCGCGUGUCUCGCCUACCAAUUCCUCGCGACUGCGCCUCUGUCGUCGACCUCUCGCGCGGAUGAUGAGGGGCGCGUAGGGGAUGGGGAAACCCCGCACUUACCCGCUGCUGUGCUCGGCAUCGAGGGGAUCUACGACAUGACCGGGCUUAACGCGCGUGUCGGCGGGUCGUACUCCGGGUUUCUGUCCGCGGCGUUCGGGGCCCCGGGGGACUGGGAUCGCGCUGCGCCGAUGAAGUUUGCGGGGCGCUAUCGCGAUCGCUUUGGGGGGUUGGCGGCGCUGGCGCAUUCGCCGGAUGAUGAGCUGGUGGAUAUGCCUGAGACGGAGGGGAUGGCGGAGCGGUUGAGGGGGGAUGUUGGGGAGGGGAGCUUGUUGGUGUGGAAGGAUUUGCAGGGCUCGCAUGAGGGGAUCGUGGAGGAUGGGAGUGGUGUUGCGAGGCUUGUGUUGAGGAUCUUGGCGAUUUUGGAAGAUAGGGCUGGGUCGUAGGGGAGUGGUGAUGGUCUGGAGAUGCGAAGUGUGAAGGUACGUAGUAUUGCUCAACUCGCCCAUUCUAGGUCAGGACGAUUGUCUUAGUCCCUAUAUCGUAUUUUAUUAUAACAUAUGCUAUUCAAGAGGAGAUACUGGGGUUUCAAGAUGAUGAUCUAAUUAUGGCAUAUUCUUUUCACAAUUUAACUGCAACCCAUGCACUCUAUAGCAUAUGGCAGCUAUUCUUAGAUGCUAUGCAUUUUUAUGCUUCACUUAUCAGGAGUAGCUGAUACUUAUUAUAAGGCGCUUUGAUAAGACGGGUAGCUCUCGGGUUUGCUUCACAUUUAUCUCGGCCUAAGGAACGAGGUCGGGGGUAAACAUGUCAUCGUUAUGAAAUUGUAUCUUCCAUCUCCAAGGCUCUACGCCGGCCCGAGAGGCUGUCGCGUAAAGCAUGCACUUGAGUAAACAUGUACCC